AUGGCGGUCUCUUCCGAAGCCGCAGCGAUUAUCCAGCAUGGGAGUGUAAUAACAAAGGGAGACAUCGAGUACUCGUGGUCAUCCACAAAAGAUUGGGUCGCGUUCUUUGAGAAUGAGUUCAAGACCAUGCAGACGAUUCACAUUGUCGGACCAGCUGAGAUGGAGCAGAUUGCGCCUGAUGAGAUCAAGGCUAUUUGGGCUGUUACGUAUCAUGCUGGGACGAAGGGACAUGAAGGUGGUGUUCAUGGAACGGGCGGGGGACAUUACCACGAGACUUGGAAGAAGGUUGGCGAUGACUGGUUCAUGAAGAGUUUGAGGAUGGAGAGGCUUUACUGGAAGGUAUUGAGCGUUUGA